AUGAAUAUCACAUCCGCUGCGGGGAUAAUAUCCCUGCUCGAUGAGCCUAUGCACGAAGUGAAAGAGUUCGCUCUAAAGAGAUUAGACAACAUCGUAGACGAAUUCUGGCCGGAAAUUUCUGAAUCCAUUGAAAAGAUUGAAAUUCUACACGAAGACAAAGUUUUUUCACAGCACCAACUAGCUGCUUUGGUGGCUAGCAAAGUUUAUUACCAUUUGGGUGCAUUCGAAGACUCCUUAACGUACGCGCUAGGCGCUGGGGAGUUGUUCGAUGUAAACGCAAGGAAUGAAUAUGUGGACACCACGAUUGCUAAGGCCAUCGAUUUUUAUACACAGAAACGUAAAGCAUUGUUCAUUGAUAGUGCCUGCGAGACCAUUGACCCUCGACUGGAGGCUAUCGUGAACCGAAUGUUUCAACGGUGUCUUGAUGACGGUCAAUACAGGCAGGCCCUGGGUCUAGCGCUAGAGACGCGACGAAUGGACAUCUUCGAAGAAUCUAUUAUGAAGUCUGAUGAUGUGUCAGGCAUGCUGCAGUACGCAUUUACCGUGGCAAUGAGUCUUCUCCAGAACAGAGGUUUCCGAAGCACAGUCCUCCGAUCUUUAGUAGGUUUAUAUCGAGGUCUGAAUGUUCCCGACUAUGUCAACAUGUGUCAAUGUCUGAUCUUCUUAGAGGAUCCACUGUCAGUCGCAGAAAUCUUGGACAAAUUAAGUCACGGCCCACAAGAAUCAGUACUUAUGGCUUACCAAAUUGCAUUUGAUCUGUAUGACUCAGCAACUCAACAAUUUUUAGGGAGAGUUCUACAAGCUCUUAGAAUUACAGCACCUAUACCGAGUGCUUUGGGUGGCAAACCCCAACCGCAAGGUGGCCCAUUCCCGGAAUCUACUAUGGAAGUAGAUCAAGCACCCUCUGAAGAACCUAAAAAGCCAGAACGGGAUAUUGACAGUCUUAAUGACGAGGAAAAAGAACAUCAAAGAAGGGUAGAAAAAUUAAUAUCAAUCUUAGGAGGAGAUGUAUCAAUAGGUUUACAGUUACAGUUCUUAAUUAGGUCUAAUCACGCGGAUAUGUUAAUUCUAAAGAACACGAAAGAUGCCAUCAGAGUUUCAAUCUGCCACACGGCUACGGUUAUAGCUAACGCUUUCAUGCACGCUGGCACAACGAGUGAUCAAUUCUUGAGAGAUAACUUGGAAUGGUUGGCGCGAGCGACGAACUGGGCUAAACUGACAGUGACGGCUUCGCUUGGUGUUAUACACAGAGGCCACGAGAACGAAUCCUUGGCUCUCAUGCAAUCUUAUCUGCCGAAAGAGGCUGGGCCGUCAUCUGGCUACUCCGAAGGUGGUGGCUUGUACGCUCUAGGUUUGAUUCACGCAAAUCACGGCGCAAAUAUCAUUGAUUAUCUUUUAACUCAACUAAAAGAUGCUCAGAAUGAAAUGGUGCGCCACGGAGGCUGUCUUGGUCUCGGUCUAGCUGCUAUGGGCACUCAUAGGCAGGACGUUUACGAACAACUCAAAUUCAAUCUAUACCAAGAUGACGCAGUUACUGGUGAAGCCGCUGGUAUUGCUAUGGGAAUGGUCAUGCUGGGUUCACGCAACGCCGCUGCCAUCGAGGACAUGGUUGCCUACGCUCAGGAGACUCAACACGAAAAGAUUUUGCGUGGUUUAGCCGUCGGCAUAUCCUUUACUAUGUACGGACGACUGGAAGAAGCAGAUGCUCUCGUCCAACAGCUAUUGAGAGACAAGGAUCCGUUGUUGCGUCGAGCUGGUUGUUACACCAUAGCUACAGCCUACUGCGGCACUGGAAAUAACGAUUCGAUCCGUACAUUACUUCAUGUAGCCGUUUCUGAUGUGAAUGAUGACGUUCGUCGCGCUGCUGUGACUGCGUUAGGAUUCUUAUUAUUCAGAACGCCCGAACAAUGUCCAUCUGUGGUGUCACUAUUAGCGGAGUCCUACAAUCCUCAUGUACGAUACGGCGCUGCUAUGGCCUUAGGUAUCGCGUGCGCCGGUACUGGAAAUCGUGAAGCCAUCGGUCUUCUAGAACCUAUGGUCAAAUUUGACCCUGUAAACUUCGUCAGACAAGGAGCGCUCAUUGCAUCAGCGAUGAUUUUGAUCCAGCAGACCGAGGCGCUCUGUCCCAAAGUUACAUACUUCCGCACGCUUUACUCACAAGUGAUAUCAAACAAACACGAAGACGUAAUGGCUAAGUUUGGAGCUAUAUUGGCCCAAGGUAUCAUAGACGCAGGUGGACGGAAUGUAACAGUCUCUCUUCAGAACAGAACCGGUCACAUGAACAUGUUGGCUGUUGUUGGUAUGCUAGUAUUCACUCAAUACUGGUACUGGUUCCCGUUGGCCCAUUGCCUAUCACUUGCUUUUACGCCUACAUGCGUGAUUGCCCUGAAUUCCGAUCUAAAAAUGCCACUAUUGGAAAUGAAGUCCAAUGCUAAGCCAUCGCUCUACGCGUACCCAGCACCGCUUGAAGAAAAGAAACGCGAAGAAAGGGAAAGAGUCACCACCGCUGUAUUAAGUAUCGCCGCAGCGAGAGCGCGCAGACGAGCUCACGGAACAGAGGGCUCAGCUAGCAGUAGUGUGACGUCAUCAACCACAUCUAAAAUGGACGUCGACGAAGAAGAAAAGAAACCUUCCAAAUCACCAAACCCAAAUAUAACAGUUCACGGUAAAUCCGACAAAGAUGCCGGAUCAUCGAAAGAAGGCAAGAAAGACGAAAAGGAUGCAGAAGAAAAGGAUGUCAAGGAGAAGAAGGAACCGGAACCAAACUUCGAAAUACUCAGCAACCCAGCCAGGGUUAUGCGGCAACAACUAAAAACCCUGACAGUUGUUGACGGUUCCGGAUACAUGCCUUUGAAAGACGUCACUAUUGGUGGUAUCGUAAUGUUGAAUCACACGGGAGACAGUGAACAAGUGCUUGUGGAACCCGUAGCGGCUUUUGGUCCUAAAGCCGAGGAAGAAAAAGAACCAGAACCACCUGAACCAUUCGAAUACUUAGAUGAAUGA